UGAGUUACUAAAAUGCAUUUAACAGAUUGCUUCAUUAGCUGUCGAGCACAAAGGUGUCUGGUGACAGGGAUGAAAGUUAAAGUAAUGGGUCAAGAUGGUUUGGGAAGCAUCUAGACUAUCUACCGACAUGCAACAUCAGGUUUAAGCAAACACAGAACGUUUUCCACUGUGUGUGUGUGUAUGUGUGUGUGUGUGUGUGUGUGUGUGUGUAAUCCUAAUCAAUAAUGAUUAUUCAUAUGUUGCAUUUUUAUAACCUGGAGUAUUUUGAGCUUUUAAACAUUUUCCUAAUCUUCCUCAUGUUUAUAAAGCAUGACUUUUCUUUACUCUUCUACCUGGUCCCUCCUAUUAACAAAAAGAGAGAAGGUGUUCCCGCAGCAUUAGCUGAUAUCUUGGCUUUUGGUUACAACGCCCGUAGCUAUAUGGAGAUGAGGGAUAGCUUCAUAUCCCAAAACCUGUUAAGUUAAGUCUUUUUCUUUCAGUGGAAUCUGUAAUGUAUCAUCUUGCUUGUGUAUUAAAUGAACAUUAGUGCUGAGGGCUUGGUGGCAACACCCUGGAAAAUUCUGCUGUCCGCCUCGAGCACAUCGCCUCCAGCGCUGGAGCAGAGCGGAGCCCAUUAAACCGCCUUCUGUUUACCAGAAAUAACAGGCGUGCAAAUGAGCCGAUGCAUGGGAGAACUCCAGCUUCACAGUGAACAAGUCUCACUCGUGACAACUGGAAUAAGUUAAGUCGUGUUUCCAUGUGGGCCUGAGUGAUUGUGAGGUAAAGUUCUAACGUGUAUGAACAAGCCUUUAGGUUUGGACAGAGUUAAAGUCUUUUCGGCAGACAAUCUUCCAGGUAAAUUCAGGAAGAAAUGUGUGAUGCAUUGCACAUUUGAUGAUUCAAGUCACUCUUGCACGUACAGUAGUACAGAUUUAUUCUAAGCACUAGAAAGUGUCAAAUGCAUAUCAAAACAAGCCUUUACACAUAGAUCAGAUGCAUUUAUCCAAACCGACAGCAUGCCACAAUCCAAAGUCGCUCUGAAAGGAGCCAGAACAGAAAUGUAAGAGUAAUUUAAGGUUGUGCAUUGACAAAUGCAAUUAGUGCAUUAAAGUUUAAGCUACAACUUAAGAUGCAACUACAAGUUUAAGAUUUAAUUUCUAGCAAGCACCAAACGUUUCUCAGAAAUUAGCACGGUAUGUGGUCCCUAUAUUAGAAUUUGCAAGAUGUAAACAGAAACUGCAGUUUUUCUUAAAGAUUUGGAAGGUGAUUGCAUCAUGGAGGUUUUAAGUGAUGCUGGAAGUCGAGCGAUUCUUGGUUCACUUACAGCGGAUUCAUGGUUGGAGGUGACACGUGGUGAACGCACGCAAUGCCCUCGUUUCCCAAAUGUUCAGAUUGGUUGCUGAAGUGUCGGAGGAUAUCACGUCGAACACAUAACACGACCUUUAAUUAGAAACUUGCCUUUUUUUUUCUUCCCUUUCCCAUCCCCUGAGGCGAACACCUCGCAUAUCUCUCUCGCUCUCGCUCUCUCCGCAGCGUUAAUAAACAUCCUCGUAUCCUGCCCUCGGGCUGCACCAGUGAAAAGAUGCAAACAUACUUCAUUAGAGCCGUGGCAAUAAUUUGUAAGCUAAAUAUGCGAUGGGGCAGAUGAGAAAACGAUCUGAUGAGACUCACACAGACGGUGGGAGAGACAUGCAUCAGCAGCAUCAUUUCUCCAUGGCUUUCCCGUUUGUCUGUUUCCAGGAAGGGAGAAGCAUGUCACGUCUGUCUCUGACCCGGUCUCCGGUCUCUCCUCUGGCCUCGCAGGGGAUUCCACUGCCGGCUCAGCUCACCAAAUCCAACGCACCCGUUCACAUCGACGUGGGUGGCCACAUGUACACCAGCAGCCUGGCGACCCUCACCAAAUACCCAGACUCACGGAUCAGCCGGCUGUUUAACGGGACCGAGCCCAUCGUUCUGGACAGUUUAAAGCAGCAUUACUUCAUCGACAGGGACGGAGAGAUAUUCCGCUUCAUUCUCAGUUUCCUCCGAACCUGCAAACUGUUGCUGCCGGAUGACUUCAAGGACUUCAGUCUCCUGUACGAGGAGGCGCGUUAUUACCAGCUGUCCCCGAUGAUUAAAGAGCUGGAGCGGUGGAAGCAGGAGCGCGAGCAGAGGCGUCUGGCACAGCCCUGCGACUGCCUGGUGGUCCGCGUGACCCCUGACCUCGGCGAGCGCAUUGCCCUCAGCGGGGAGAAGGUGCUCAUCGAGGAGAUCUUCCCUGAGACCGGAGACGUCAUGUGUAACUCGGUCAACGCUGGCUGGAACCAGGACCCGACCCACGUCAUCCGCUUCCCCCUGAACGGCUACUGCAGACUGAACUCGGUGCAGGUGUUGGAGCGUCUCUUCCAGAAGGGUUUCAGCGUGGCUGCGUCCUGCGGCGGCGGCGUGGACUCGUCUCAGUUCAGCGAGUACGUGGUGUGUCGCGAGGACAGGCGGAGUCAGUCCAUGAACACGCCCAUCAGGAUAAAACAGGAGCCGCUGGACUAGAGACACGCGCUCAGGCCCUCGGCCCCUCGACACACACACACACACACACACACACACACUCACACACUCUCUCAGCGUUUAUACGGGGAAUGUAAUCAAACCAGAAACCCAAAGAACUCCAGCAGGAUCUGAGCCACGCCCUGUUCUGCCCAAACCACCAAUCAGAGGGCGUCCUCACGCAUACGGGAUGCAGGCUCCGCCCCUCUGCUGGUGCAGUGUGUGUCAUUAUCUCAUGACGAUUGCGGAUUGGUGCUUACAAACAGCGGACGCCAUCAUCAGGGGCCGGGGGAGCAUUUUUUGGGAUUGUUUUUCAUGUCAAACUUGUCAUUUUUCACUGCUUGUAUGCGGUUAGCAGUGCUAGGCUGGAGUUUGGUGUUUAUUUCUGUUGUUACAUGAAGGAUGAUGGGAGCGGCGUUCUGAAGGCAUUACGUUUGAGAGACUUUCCUGGCAGGAGAACGCUAUUAUGCCCUGGAGCAGUCUGGGGUUUAAUGCGUUCGGCUGCUGAAGGUCUCUUUGUUUAAAGGAGGCUGCAAGCAAACGUGGCUAUUUCUAAAGCCAGAGCGAGCCAGAACAUUAAGCAUAUCGUUAAGCAUUUGAAAUUUUUAUAAGCUUGAAUCAAAUGGGUUCUGAACUAUACAGAACCCUCACAAAGAGUCGAGUGUGUCAAGAACAAAAUGUAAGGAGCUCGAGGCAAACCAUUGGCAGUGGAGACGUAUGAUUGUGUCUAUAACGGUACGUUUGCACUUAAAUGCAUCUCAAGACCGCACGCGUGUUUAAAGAUUCAGUGGAAAUAGACUCGAGUUGGAGCGCGCUGACAGAAUGAGGGUACUAACUAGGAUGCAUUCAUUUUUAAACCAUCUUUGUGAAUGAAUAAUCACUAUUCAUUAGCCCGGUUUAUCAGGCUUAGUUUGAAGUUGUCCAGUUUCUAUUUUGACGUCAAAAUGUUGUCAGAUGCUGAGUAAACGUCAGAUGCGUUGUGAAAAAGGUGUUUCAUCAGAUCACAUUGUGUGUGUGUGUGUGUGUGUGUGUGAUGAAUGUGUCCAAACGCUCAGAAAGUCUCACACCGCAUUAAUAUUGGACAAAACUUCAUCAAUAUAGAGAAGUAACAACCGAAUCAACACUGCAGACGCUGAAAAAAAAAAAUCUAGAUAUUAUUUGCAAAUAUCGUAAAUGUAUUGCCAUAAAGUUUAUUUAACAUUUGUAACUUUUUUUAAUACAUUUUUGUAAUUGUAACUGUUCCAUCAAAGCAUACUUGAUUUGACUCUUCUAUUG